GAAGCGACAGUCUGUAUUUGCACCAGCGCAAUCAUCGCUGCCCGGGGACCAUUGCGCCAGUCUCAUCUCUCCCGGCCGCUCCUGGGACGCUUGGGUGAUGCACAAAUCGCAUCUCGACUCUGUCGCUCCCAAACUGCGAUCGGACUUGCAGUGUAUAAAAGCGUCAAGCUCUUCCCUGUGUGACCAGAUGGAGUGUAUGUUAAGGGUUCUCCAGGACUUCAAGAGAUCAUCACCACCUCCAUCUCCGGACAUUGAAAAACCAUGUGUGGUCCCACCUCGUAGGGCGCCCAGACGGGACAAUCGAAUUUCCCAUCGUACUUCAGAUCUGUCUGAGGCUGACUCUGCCUGCUGCAUGGAUCUGCCAAGUGACGUGUCCCCGGGAAGCUGUGGACAGCGGGGCUUGGAAUGGGAUUCUGGGUACUCAGAGGUAUCAGGAGGUUCUUUGCGAGGAGAAGAGGAUGACAUUGUGGAGGAGGAAAGUGAGACAAGUGUACCCACUGUAGUGCUGAGGCGCCUCCCUACUCCUUCCUGCCAGCGCCUCUCCUCAGGCGGGUUCCUCAAUUCACGCCAAGGGAGAAUACGUCCCAAAUCCACAUCUGACGUCUGCCUGGAGCAGUGGAGGGGCAUUGGACUGGGCUCUGACUCUCAGGACUGGACUGGGUGCCUUCUCUCUCAGAGCCGCAGCCGACAGCCAUUAGUUUUGGGGGACAAUAGUUUUGCUGAUUUGGUUAAGCAGUGGAUGGAUUUACCCGAAAAUGUAGAUGAGGAAGGACGGCGGGUGCGGGAUGGUGGCCGCUGGUUGCAUAAGCCUCAUGGCUUCCUUAUCAGUCUGUCUGGCAAUGUUAAAAGGCGCUUGGGUAACAUGUCUAGAUUGCGCCGCUCUGAACAAGAAGCAGUGAAACGCAUGUCCUGCCCUCAACUGGGCUGCCGGCCGCUCUCCCUUUACUACCACCAGUCUCUCUCGGACAUUGCGGAGGCAUCUACUAACCUCUUGCACUGCCGCAGUCGGCAGCCAAUCAUAUGCAACGAAGGGGCUGGAUUCUUAUAGCACUGGACUUUAAUGGGACUCUGAACUCAGCACAUAGAUUGGGAGGAUACACUCUGUAUAUAAUAUGUAUAUUUGUACAGUUUUUAUAUUAUAUUAUUAUUUUUUUUGCAAUAAAAUUGCAUACAAUUA